AGGGUUUUUCUUCCCCAUAAAAUCUUUUACAAGAAAGAAGAAACGUAAUAUUGUUCGCCAACCAAAUUUUCUCUUCUACAUUUGAAUCACCACCAAUCAAUCUUUUGCUCCACCUCCACAAUGGCGUCUCUAAUUCCUCCACCACCACCUCCGGCGCCGCCAGCAGAAGCGAUCAAGCCUGAAAAAGUUAAUUACUUGGAUUUACCUUGCCCUAUUCCUUAUGAAGAAAUUCACCGUGAAGCCCUCAUGUCCUUAAAGGCUGAACAUUUUGAGGGGAUGCGCCUUGAUCUCACUAAAGGACUCAAUCAGAAGUUCUCAUUGAGUCACAGUGUUUUGAUGGGACCUAUGGAGGUUCCUUCUCAGUCUGCCGAAACAUUCAAGAUUCCUACUGCACACUAUGACUUUGGUGCUAACUAUAUCGAUCCAAAGUUAAUGUUGAUUGGAAGAGUCAUGACUGACGGUAGGGUUAACGCUAGAGUGAAAUGUGACUUGUCCGAAAAUCUUACUUUGAAGGCCAAUGCUCAGCUUUCAAGUGAGCCUCACAUGUCUAAUGGAAUGGCCAACUUUGACUACAAGGGUACUGACUAUAGGGCUCAAUUGCAAUUAGGAAAUGGUGGGUUAAUUGGCGCUAGUUAUAUUCAGAGUGUGACUCCUCAUCUGAGCUUAGGCGGGGAAGUAUUCUGGGCUGGUCAGCAUCGUAAGUCUGGUCUUGGUUAUGCCGCCCGAUACAACACAGACAAAAUGGUUGCUACAGGACAGAUUGCCAGCACUGGAAUGGUGGCUCUUAGCUAUGUCCAGAAGGUGACUGAAAAGGUUUCUUUGGCAUCUGACUUUAUGUACAAUUACAUGUCAAAAGAUGUGACUGCUAGCUGUGGUUAUGAUUAUAUACUUCGCCAGUGUCGGCUUAGAGGCAGGAUCGACUCAAAUGGCUGUGUGUCUGGUUUUCUUGAAGAACGGUUGAGUUUGGGUCUUAACUUUAUUGUUUCUGCCGAGGUGGACCACAAAAAGAAAGACUACAGGUUUGGUCUUGGAUUGACGAUUGGAGAAUAGAUACAGGGGGAUACCACCGAUGCAAGAACCUACUCAUUGGUUUCAAGUGAGUUAGACAGUCAUUCUUGACUGAUUAUUUUCGCAUCUUACGGACACAUUUAUCAGAGAUUUUUGUAUCCUUUUUGAGCAAAAUUUUUUUGUGACGGAGGUUCCAUCUGCAUUAACAGUUUAGAGCAGCAUUUUGCAGACAUUGAAUUUUGCAGUUUGGAUAUAUAGUAAAUGUAGCUCUGUUUUCAUCGUUC